AAUUCAAGCCUGGUGACCUUGUUCUGUGAGAGGAUUGUUGUUACUUGGGUUUAUAACUGGAUUCCUGUGAGAAUUAGGGAGAACUGAGAGAAUAAGGAGACUGAGAGGAGGAAGGAGAGAGGAAAAAAGAAAACAGAAGAACUAGAUGGAUGCUGACCAUCUUUCUGAAGUACAAUCUCCAUGGCUUAAACAUUUCUUGACAAUCAUUUUGAGCAAAUUAUAUGUUUAAUAAGAAGAUAACCACAUCAAGAUGGUGGGAAAGCUGAAGCAGAACUUACUUUUGGCGUGUCUGGUGAUUAGUUCUGUGACAGUGUUUUACCUUGGCCAGCAUGCCAUGGAGUGUCAUCACCGAAUAGAGGAACGUAGCCAGCCAGCUAGACUGGAGAACCCCAAGACAACUGUGGGAACUGGCCUGGAUAUCAAAUCCAACAAAACACUCACCUAUCACAAAGAUAUGCCUUUAAUAUUUAUCGGAGGUGUGCCUCGGAGUGGAACCACGCUCAUGAGGGCUAUGCUGGAUGCACAUCCUGACAUCCGCUGUGGAGAGGAAACCAGGGUCAUCCCUCGAAUCCUUGCCCUGAAGCAGAUGUGGUCCCGGUCCAUUAAAGAGAAGAUCCGCCUGGAUGAGGCUGGUGUCACUGAUGAAGUGCUGGAUUCUGCCAUGCAAGCCUUCCUUCUGGAGGUCAUUGUUAAACAUGGGGAGCCAGCACCUUAUUUAUGUAACAAAGAUCCUUUUGCCCUGAAAUCCUUGACUUACCUUGCUAGGUUAUUUCCCAAUGCCAAAUUUCUCCUGAUGGUCCGAGAUGGCCGGGCAUCAGUGCAUUCAAUGAUUUCUCGAAGAGUUACCAUAGCUGGAUUUGACCUGAACAGCUACAGGGACUGUUUGACCAAGUGGAAUCGGGCCAUAGAAACCAUGUACAACCAGUGUAUGGAAGUUGGUUAUAAAAAGUGCAUGUUGGUUCACUACGAACAGCUUGUCUUACACCCUGAGCGGUGGAUGAGAAUGCUCUUAAAGUUUCUCCAUAUUCCGUGGAACCGUUCAGUUUUGCACCAUGAAGAAAUGAUCGGGAAAGCUGGGGGAGUGUCUCUGUCAAAAGUGGAAAGAUCAACAGACGAAGUCAUCAAUCCUGUCAAUGUGGGGGCUCUAUCAAAGUGGGUUGGGAAGAUACCCCCAGAUGUUCUACAAGACAUGGCAGUGAUUGCACCCAUGCUUGCCAAGCUUGGAUAUGACCCAUAUGCCAAUCCCCCUAACUACGGAAAACCUGACCCCAAGAUCCUUGAAAACACCAGAAGGGUCUAUAAAGGAGAAUUUCAGCUCCCUGACUUUCUGAAAGAAAAACCCCAGACUGAGCAAGUGGAGUAGCUGAUCUGGAACUUCCCACAGUGAGUUAUUUGCAGGUACUGGAAACAUCACAGAUGGGAAGGUGUGCCCCUCAUGCCGUCGCUCAGAGGCAUUGUGUCCAUGGUUGUCAUCCUCCUGCCCCUGAACUGCUGGAACCCACCCACCCCCUAGCCCAAACAAGGAAGCAGGUGUGGAGCCGUACAGGAAGGGCUGCUUUGACCUGUGCCCGUGACCACAUGCUGUGUUUGCCCUAGGGACGACUGCUGCCUUUUCUACAGAAGGGAAAUCUCUGGAACCGCUGUCUUCUGCUGGGAGAAGUGGGGUGUCCUCUUCACCUACCAGCCUCCUGUCCCUGAGUGGGUGUCACACAGCCAGCCUCCCUGAGUGAUGGCUCUUGAGCCCAGUGACAUGCAUGGCCCUCAAGAUAAGGAGCCCAACAGGGACACAGUUCUGUUACAGCUCCUCUUGGUCUUGUCUUUUCUUACCAGAUUCCAGUCUUUCGUUUCAAGAGAAGAAGGGUUUAAAGAUGGCAUUCUGUUAACAAAACUGGCACUCUCGUUCGGAAUAGGUUGUCUGUACACGUUCUGGUAUUUUGUAGAAGGCUCGUACCUGUUUAAAUGUAUUGAUGUGGAUAAUAGUAAAUACCUUAAUUAUUUAAAUAAUUCAUUGUAUUGUUUCAGAGACGUUGGGAAAUUACUGUAUACAUUUACAACUUAAUGACUUUUGUAUUUUAUUUUUCAAAAUAAAAUCUUCAAUGUGAA